AAGGCAGUAAUAAUGAGUGCACCAGCAGCCACCGGGGUCUUUGUCCUAUCACUCACAGCCAUCCCUGUCACUUACCUCUUCAACACCUUUUCUGCUGCUAGUAGCUCGUGGCUCGUGGCUUUAGCUGGCGCUGUGAUCCUGGUGUCAAUAGCUGCAUUAUCACGCCUGCUGGUCCUUCAUAAACCACCAAAAGACCCUUUAUUCUAUGUGUAUGCAGUAUUUGCUUUCACCAGCGUGGUGAGUCUCAUCAUUGGACUUGAGCAGGAUGGAAUGAUUGAUGGAUUUAUGACAUCCUAUCUAAAAGAGAGUGAACCAUACCUGAACACCGCUUAUGGACACAUGAUCUGUUACUGGGAUGGCACAGCUCAUUAUCUGAUGUAUCUCCUUAUGGUGGCAGCCAUUGCAUGGGAUCAAAACUAUCGGACCAUAGGUCUUUACUGGGUUGGAUCGAUUGUAAUGAGCAUGGUUGUGUUUAUUUCAGGGAGUAUUGUAGGUAAAUAUGGAACACAGAUAUGUCCUGCUGUCCUCUUAAAUUUACCGUACCUUUGCCUUCCUCUAUGGGCUGGAUUUAGGAUCUACAGACAACCAUCAGUAGGCUACAUCCCAUCCUUCCAGGUAAUAGAAAAUAUUCAACAAAAAAGCAUAUUAAGAAGACCUGUUGACCUGCUUUUGUCUAUGUAUCUCAUUCUGGCAACGGCUUUUUGUAUAUUCAGAGGAAUGAUCGCCUUAGAAUGUCAAACUGAACCCUGUCGAUUUUAUACUCAACUUCUAGAACCGUAUAUUAAAGAUCCGGCAGCCUACUCCAAACUUCAGAUGUUGGUGUUUAUGUUUUAUUCUGUCCCGUAUAAUGUUAUCACUCUAUAUGGUCUCCUGGUUCCUGGAUGUGAGUGGAUGCCUGAUCUGAUGGUUAUUCACGCUGGUGGACUAGCACAGGCACAGUUUUCGCACGUCGGAGCUUCAUUUCACGCAAGGACACCUUAUAUCUACAGAGUACCCGAGAAAGCCAAGGUUGUAUUUUUAGUUGCAAAUUUACUAUAUGGGGUUGUUCCGCAGCUAAUGGCCCAUAGGUGUGUAAACAGCCCAGAAUUCUUCAUGAAGACAAGGUCAUCAGUGAAAGCCGAAUAGUCACGUGCAUUGUGUACAGUACUUUAUGGACUUGCUGUGAGCAUUACAUUGAAUAUUGCAAAUAUUAUGUCUUCCGGGUUGAAUUCAAGCAUUUCAUAUAUUCAGAACAUUGAGCCCAUAUGUUCUUGUAUCUACCUUCUGAAUAAGGUGGGGGGUGUCCACGUAGUAAAAGCUAAAAGCUAGAUGUCAUUCAGAUACUUUUUACUGUCAUUGUGGAUACAAUGUUCACAUGUAAAUAUUUUCUGCUAAAAACUGCUCUUUUUAAUAUUACAGAUGUACAUUUUAUCUAGUGUGUGAGAUAGCAGACGUAGUGUAGACAUAGUGUGUAAAAUGCUGUUACUUUAUAAUCGCACAAUUAACUGUUCAAAGUGUUAGCGAGCUGGGCCAGCCCUAGGGCUUCCAGCGCUCUUGGUGAACUAUAUCUCUGGCACUUGCGUCCUGACCCAAGAGAGACCCUGGUAGUGACACCCCCACCAACUCAAUACCAUAGACCGUUCCCUAAGUCACCUAUGUGGUCGGGCCAGCUCUGCUUGCGAGUGUGAUAUCCACUAAAAGGCUCAAAGCAUAGUUAGUAAUGCAUUUUAGUGUCUUUAUUGUUGUACUAUACCACAACCCUUUCAGGACGGAAGAGAUUCAUCUCGCCUUUCCACAAUAUCAACAGAAUAAAAUGCCAUCACUACAAA